AUGGCGCUCGACCGCAUCGUCAACAUCGUCCUGCGAGCUGCAGAGCUCGUCUUCGCUACCAUCGUCGCGGGCGUGACAGGCCAGCACCUUCACCAGUUCCGUCAUGCGUCCGACUGGUCCCAGGGCCGCUUCAUAUACACCGAGGUGGUGGCAGCGCUGUCCAUGUUCUUUGCGUUGAUAUGGCUCGUCCCCUUUUCGUGGUCCUUUGUGCAUUGGCCUGUCGACAUCAUUCUCAGCCUUUGCUGGUGGGCUGCCUUUGGCCUCUUGGUUAACUUGCUGGGUAACUCUUGCGGCUACAUCUUCGACUGGAACAACGUUCACCCCAUCUCUGGUGACCAGUGCGGCAAGUUCAAGGCCGACAUUGCCUUCAUCUUCCUGUCGGCUCUUCUUUGGCUCGUGUCUGCCCUGCUCGGCAUCUUCUGGGUUCACAGCCAUGAGCGUCGCGCCCGAGUCGAUGCUGCCCACCGCCAGCACCACCGCCGCUGGUACCGACGCAACCGCGUCUAA